GAGAACACAGUGAUCAUGGGCGGCGGCGUGGGCGGGGGCGUGCGGCUGCCAGGGGUGGGCGUGGGUCAGCUGGGCCGCCCCUACACACGCCUCCUUCGUCUUAGCACAGUGAGAGCCAACCUGCCCUCUCUCUUUGCCUCUCUCCCGCGUGUGUUGCGGGACGUGACUGUCUGUGAGAGCACCCCGGAGAUAAGCCAGGAGGUGGGAGAGGCUCUGGACGCUAUAGUGAGAGAGGCUGCUUCCUUCGCCCCUGCCUCUCAGCACCCGAUUCAGGUGGUGUUGGUGACGUGGGAACGCGUGGAGGUGUUGACGGAGGCGCUGUCGAUGGUGCUGACACUGGAACAUGCCCGUCAUAUCAGCGCCGUGCAUGUUGCCGCAGUGGAGAGCCUUGACGGGGCGUUGGGUGAUGGGGAGCUGCCGGCGGGGGACGCAGUGGGUGGGGUGUGGGUGACAGGGGCCUACUACCCUCCUGACCCCUACUCCUUCACUGCGCUAUUUAAGUCGUGGCUGCUGGAGAUGAAGGGAAAGGAACCUCAUCUCCACCUCAUCUUAGUGGUUCUGGACAUGCAGGAGGUAAUGAUAGACCCUUCCACCCUGCCCAGCUCAGUGUCCUCCAGGCUCACCCUUCACACACACCCCUGCAGGAUUGUUUGCACCACCCAGGGUAACAGCGUGCCCGUGUACCACCUGGAGGUCAUCAAGAGGGUGCAGGUGAGCAGUGUGGCGCCCUAUGUGUACGGUGCCGCCCUCUACCUCCUGCCCUCCUCUGCUGCGUCUCUCAACUUUACUGCUAUAUGGGAGAACAGACAGCUGGUGAGGUCGCUGUGUCAGAGCCUGGAGGAGGAGGAGGAGGGGCUACUGGCGAGGGUGGCCGCCCCUGAAGGAACACUCACCCCCCAUGUCGUGGUCCUCCCUGCCCCCCACUGCUCAGCCCUAUCCCUGGUCCACGUGGCGCCCAGUGACCUCAUGCUGCCGGAGAGAUACUGCCCUGACGCCAACCAAGCCCUGCCAGAUAAGCUGGUUCAGGAGGUAUCAGGGUGGCUCUCCUCCCUCCCACGAACUGACCUGCGCCACGAAGACUUGACCUGCCCCCUCAGCUACGCCCUCGCCGCCCACUUCCACGCCCACACCCGUCCUGCCGCCAAGGGCAACAACACCCAACGACACACCACCACCACCACCACCACCACCACCAACAACAACAACAACAAAAGCUACGUAUUCUCCCUCCCCCGCCCGGAUCCCCCUCGCCAUCCCGCCCACCAGCCCCCCUCCAGGCCACGCGGGGGGAGGGGGCGGAGCCAGUUCCUAAGCACCAAGGCUCUGAGGCACCACGCUCUGGGCUCCAAGGCACCUGGACACCAUGCUUCCAAGACUCCUGGGCUCAAGGCUCCAAUAAAGGCUCCUGAGUUCCAAGGCCAAGGCUCAUAUGCUCCAAGUCUCCAGGCUCCUGGGCUCCCAGGCUCGGCGUCUCUGUCGUCACUCAGCGAUGGGCGCGGCGAAUCAGCGCCAUGGAUCGCUCCAGGGCGACCUCCGUUACCGGCAGCAGGGGUGACCGUCACUUCCUGCACGGACCCGUUGGAGCAGGAUGGGCCUCUCGUCCUCCACCGAAGGAAAGUCCUCCUCGGGGUCCUCCAGAGCCACGUGCGGCCUCUUGGCUGCCGCCUCCCUGGUCUGCACCAGGCUCUUGUGGCAGGCGACCUCCGCUGGCUUGACCUGCCCUGUGUGACCCCUCUGUGUGACCCCUGA